CUUUGACAGCAUGUACAAGAGGGAGCCUCUAUGACACUGGGCCUCUGGGUCUGCCUGCCUCUGUCCAGCCAGCCCAAGUGAAUGGGGUCAGUGUUGGUUACCCUCACCUAUGCAGUCAUAAAGCUGAAGGUGACCCCGGAGAGCAUCUUCCCUCCCGGGAGCCCUUGGCCUCAGGCCCAGCACCCUUGGCAAGACUUGCUAAAUAACACCUUUGUCUGAGACAGGGUUAUGUAUCUUCUCUCCUACACCCUCAUGACAAGUCGAUGUGGCUUAAGAUCAAGAAGAGAGGAUACCAGCGCUCUGGGCGGCUCUCACAUAGGGCCAUGCACACUGCCUGCCUGUCAGAGCCCUGGAGAAUAAGAAGUUCGUGGCUGGGCAGAGGGCAUGGCCAGGAUUCCGGGCACGGGAAGAUCUUCAGCCUCAUCGUCUUUGGAGAACAAGGAAGAAAAUGAAAGCGAUAUGGCCUGUCUCAGUCCUAAGGACCCCAACAGGGGACGUUCAGAGGAGCAGAGGGCGCACCCCGAGCCCUCAGACCUUGACACCAGCAUGCAGGCCCCACCCUGCAGCCUCCCCGUCGGGCUCAGCCUGGCCGACUUCGUCCCUAGCCACCUGCGGACCCCUGUGGGACCAUCAUCCAGGGGAACACGGGUGCCUGUGAUCCGGAGCGGUGGCUCCAACACCCUUAAUUUCCAGUUCCAUGAUCCUGCACCCAGAACCGUGUGCAAUGGCUACUACCCACCCAGGAGGGCUGCUGCUCAGCACCCAGACCCCGGCUGGUAUCAGACCUGGCCAGGCCCCGGGAACAGGCCCUCUACCAGCCCGAAGACCCCAGCCUCCCAGCAUACCCAGAACUGGUCAGCCACAUGGACCAAGGACAGCAAGCGGCGGGACAAGCGCUGGGUCAAGUAUGAGGGAAUCGGGCCAGUGGAUGAGAGCGGCAUGCCCAUCGCCCCCCGAUCCAGUGUCGACAGCCCCAGAGACUGGUACCGGAGAAUGUUCCAACAGAUCCACCGGAAGGUGCCAGACCUGCAGCCGGACUGGUCCUUUGAGGAACCGCUCAAAGACCCCAGACAUCCAGGGCCCCAGCAAAGACCCGGCUGCAGGCCCAGCCCCGUGGGGACUUCCAACCGGAAGAUCUGGGAGCGUUCUGAAGAGUCACCCAGGAGCACCUUUGCCUGCAACCCUGGAGCGUCAUCCUCUCCACCCCAGCCUCCAAACCAGGUCCAGGUACCAAGGCGCCGAGAGAAAGCGGACAGUGUCUGGGCAGAAGACUCCUGGAACCAGUUUCUGCAGGAACUAGAGACCGGACAGAAGCCCAAGAAGCCCCUGGUGGACGAUCCUGUGGAAAAGCCCUCCCAGCCCAUCGAGGUCCUGCUGGAGAGGGAGCUGGCCAAGCUGAGCGCAGAGCUGGACAAGGACCUUCGGGCAAUUGAGACUCGGCUGCCGUCCCCCAAGAGCUCGCAGACGCCCCGACGGGCCCCGGAGCCCCGGCCCCCAACCGGCCCGGCCUCAGCCUGGAGCUCCGGCCCCCUACAUGCCUCUUACCUGUCUUCCUCGCGACCCCUGAGCCCCCACAGAAUGGCCGACGCAGGAAGCCCUUUCCUGGGGCGGAGGGAUUAUGUCUACCCUUCCUCAGCCCGAGACCCCAUUGCCACCGACAGAGGAGGCAGCCCAGCCAGGAGGGAAGAGACGAAGAGGAAGGCCGCCCGGCUCAAGUUUGACUUCCAGGCACAGUCCCCCAAGGAACUCACUCUUCAGAAGGGCGACAUCGUUUACAUCCACAAGGAGGUGGACAAGAACUGGCUGGAAGGGGAGCACCACGGCCGAUUGGGCAUCUUCCCUGCCAAUUAUGUGGAGGUGCUGCCCGCCGAUGAGAUCCCCAAGCCCAUCAAACCACCGACCUACCAGGUGGUAGAAUACGGAGAGGCCGUGGCUCAGUACACCUUCAAGGGGGACCUGGAGGUGGAGCUGUCCUUCCGCAAGGGGGAGCGCAUCUGCCUGAUCCGCAAAGUGAAUGACAGCUGGUACGAAGGCCGCAUCACCGGCACGGGCCGCCAGGGCAUCUUUCCGGCCAGCUACGUGCAGGUGUCCCGCGAGCCGCGGCUCCGGGUGUGCGACGAAGGCUCCCAGCUGCCCACCGCCUCUCCCCACCUGCCCAGCGCCGCUGCCGCCACGGCCGCCUGGCUGGCCCGGCAGCCGGCCUCCUCGCCCUCGGGACCUCGCAGCCCCAACGACCCCACCGACUGGGGAGGCCGCACCUCCCCACGCCGCACCAGCCUCUCCUUUCCCUCCCAGGAGCCCAGAGCACAGGCGCAGAGCCUCAGCACCCCUGGGCCAUCUGUGUCCCAUCUCCGGGGCUCCAGCCGCCCCCUGGACUUAGGGACCCCCUCCCCGCACACCACUCAAAUACACUGGACCCCGUACCGGGCCAUGUACCAGUACAGGCCCCAGAAUGAUGAUGAGCUGGAACUCCGGGAGGGAGACCGCGUGGACGUCAUGCAGCAGUGUGACGACGGCUGGUUUGUGGGUGUCUCCCGCAGGACUCAGAAGUUUGGGACGUUCCCUGGAAAUUAUGUAGCUCCGGUGUGAGCAAUCCCCAUGGCAGCCUGGAGCCAGCCAGGAUGGGGGGGGACAGGGGUGGGCAGCAAUAACACAGGAGGGAGU